AUGGCCGACCCGGGGAGCGACAAUGGGAAAGGCCUACUCGCGCAGCCGACCCCCUCGGACAAGCUGUCAGUGCUUUGGGAAUCUCUAAACCUCGAUUUCCCUGAAGCUGUUGCGUCUCAUUCGGAGUUGAACCGCACCAUUCGUAACUUUGGGUUCUUGGCUACCUCCUUUGACCAGUUGGAUCAGUGGUUGGAGUCGCACGGUCUUCUGGACUUUGGCUCCGAGACAGUUGCGGACCUUCGGUGUCUUUGGCACAGAGCACACGCCUUGGCCUGCUCUGAGGGACACAUGGCAGUCCUGCCUUUCCCACCGCACCCCUCCUCUCCGCCUUUUCCGCAGGAUCAUUCCUUCAGCACGGCCUCAGACCCUAGUCACCCCGUGUCAGGUGCUGCGUCAUGGAACGAGCCUUUCCCAGCUAAGCUCUCCUCGGACAAAACGGCAGAGCUUCGGGCCGCUUUCCUGCGGAAAUAUCCUAGCGAGGUUUUGGACGAUUCCACUAUGCCCUCGGCUCGUCUCCUUGCUUUGGCUUUCAAACAAGCCUCGUCCCACGAGUGGCGCUUCAUUCCUUGGCGUUGGCGCAUGUCCGUGCUUGAGCUUGAAGAACAGCAGCUGCAGCGCCCUCGCAAACUGGCCAGGACCGAACUGGCAGAUCUCAUUUUGGAUGAUGUCCCCUCUCGGAACCUCCCGGACACACUGGGCAUGUUUGCAUUGAGCAAAAUUUUGCGUUUGCACAGUGUGGCCAUGGCCAUGGUCACUGAUGUACACUUGGUGACGCUUAAGAAGUACGAGUCUACCUUCCUGCGUUUUGCUUCGGCUCGCUUUGACAGUAGCAGUGGCCUUCGCCCACCCAACGCACUAGAAUGUGAGCAGGCAGACCGCCGUUUUUGGGAGGCCGUGUCCGAACUCCGUUUGCAGGGUUGGUCUUUGGAUGACUGUAUCCAUGAGAACACAGCCGUCCGUAGCGAGCUGGCUUCUCUUUUGGCACCGCGCGUUUUUCUGCCCAAGGGCUUGCGCCGCCCGGAGGGCAAGGGAGCAGGUGGAGGAAAGGGCAAUGGCCCCGGUGCUGGUUUUGGCAACGGACGCGGACGCGGCAAAGGCAGGGGGGAUGGAAGAGGUCGCGGGAGUGGCCUUGGCACCGGUCGUGGGGGAUCCGGUCUGGGCAACCAAGGCAACUCCGCAGGGACCUCCGCAAACCGACAGGAGGGACCGGACCCAUCUUUUGAGCAGGCAACUGGGUCCGGUCUGCCUCUGUUCACGCCUGCCUUUUUGCCUUUGUCUUCCCAGAGCUCCUCCACUCCGGCAAUCGCUGCUCCGGCAAAGCAGGCACCUGAAUCUCCAACGCCCGAUCUUCCUCACGAGGUGGCUCUGGAUGUGUCUGCUUCCGACACAUUAUCCCCAAGGAGCCUGCCACCCCAGCACACAAAUCCCGAGGAUGACAUAUCGGACCCGGACAGCUUUGGCCCAGCGCCAACUCCCGCACCGGUAUUCGCAGAGUCCAUGCCAGGGCUGUUUCCGCCUGCCUCCUCGCAUGUCACUUCUGUCCUACAGUCCGUUCGGGAUUUCAAGCAGCCUUUCUUCCUGGACAUUUGCGCGGGAGCGGGCUCGCCGCUCAGUUCAGCUUUCUUGAGGAAGGGGGUGCCUUGUCUGUCAAUAGACAUUCUCCUCGACACAAACAUGGAUCUUCUCCAGGACGAUUUCUUUGAACAUUUGCUGCGCAUUUGCACGUCCCGCCAGGUGGCCCUUGCGCACGCUGCUCCUCCAUGCAGGGAAUACUCUCGCCUGAAACUCCGUCCUAGAGGCCCGAAAGCACUUCGGACUCCUGCGUUCCUGAAUGGCCUCCCCGACCUGUCGGCAUCACAGGCUCUUAGAGUCCAGGAGAGUCACCUGAUCUUUGUGCGUUGCGUUCAGCUUUUGCAUGUCAGCUUUUCCUGCGGCGCACAGGUCUCGCUCGAACAGCCCCCGAACAGCAUGGCUUGGAUGGAGCCGAUUGCAACCAAUUUCUUGGCAUCCAUCAGCGCGGAUCUGGUCGACGUGGCCGCUUGUUCCGUCAAUCUCGACAUGCACAAAGCUUGGCUUUUUGCCACUUCAUUCAGGGCCUUUCAGGCUUUCGCCUCUACAUGUCCACACACCGAGGGGACCCACGUGGCUUUGCAGGGUUUGUGUGAUGAGGCCGGCAAUUUUCGCAGUCGGGCAGCUGCAGAGUACCCCCCCCGUCUAGCGGACAUGUAUGCUGAGCAAGCCCUGCCCCUCUUCGACGUGGAGCAAGGGGUAGCUUGUGCCCUUUCUCUCGCCACGGUACCUCUGCUUGCCAAACUCAAGGCCCUUCAUGAGGCUCCGGUGGCUUCGCAGGACGGGGCCGGCAUCCUUUCCACGCCAGACUGGAGUGCACCACCUUCAGGAGCUACAGAUGUCUUUGCACACCUUAGGCCCAAGCUGAUGACCUUUCUUCUUCAGGGUCGUUUUCCUCAGCGUUUGCGUACUUUGGUUUUGGGGGGAUCCGCGGAGGCUCUUUUCUCAAGCUCGGAGAUAGACGCCCUGCGUCGCCUUUUCCAGGACUGGCUCUCCGCACAUUUCCCUGGCAUUGCCGUUUCCUGCGAAAUAUCUGCAGGGCAACCAUACUGCCUCCAGGCACUGGCAGCUGUCUCACGCAUUUGUCGUGAUCGAGACGUGUCCCUGUUCACCUGUCUGGAACAGGGAGUGCCCACUGGCUUUGACGGGGACAUUCCGUUGUCCAAUGUUUUCCUGCCACAAGGAGGGGGCCACCCCUUUGAGCAAUCACUUGGCAUUUGUCACGGCAAUUGGUCGAGCGCUGAAGCGGACCUUCCGACCCUGCAUGCCUUAGUGGAAGAAGAGAUCGCCAAUGGCUGGUUCUUGGAGCUGGAUUCUUUAGAAGCGGCUCAAGAGCGUUUUGGCGACAAGCUGGCCAUUGGAAAGAUGUCUAUCGUCAAAGCUGAAGGCAAAAAGCCGCGCCUGGUGGUCGACUCCACUGUGUGUGGCACUAACCCGUCUUGCUCGAUCCCCGAGACGUACACACUCCCGGGUAUUGACGAUGUCAGGGAUUCUUUCCCUUUGCGGUGUCACUCUGGCCUGUGCGCAGGGUUUGCGUUUGACAUCAAGUCCGCUCACAAAACGGUUCGAGUUCGCGACUCUGAUCAGGGACUUCUUGGGGUCUCCCUCCCGAAGAUUCAAGGUCCUGGCCGUCGUUGGCUUUUUUACCGCGUUUGUCCCUUUGGAGCGAACUUCUCGGCCCUCUGGUUCCAGCGCUUGGGAAGCUUUUUCCUUCGCACGUUACACCUUUGGACCUGGCUUCGACACGCCCUACUGGGCUACGUGGACGACUUUAUGUUGUUUCAGGACCAGGAGGUCAUUGGCCUUACAGCAUGCAUGACACUGGCUUUUUGUGCUCUGUUCAACAUACCGCUGUCCAACGCCAAGUUACAGCUUGGCAGCUGUAUCCACUGGAUAGGCUGGCAUUUUUCCUUUGGCUCUGGCACUUUCUCUAUUCCGGUUGAAAAAGUCCAGAAGUUGAAGCGCCUCUUGCAGGAAGCCUUACAGGGUCGCCAUGUCUCGAAACGGACCCUGGACAAGGUCACCGGGUUGCUGCAGUGGUUUUGCAAGCUGUACAAGCAUUUUAAGCCCUGGUUGCAAACCCUGUAUGCUGAUGCGAACCGUCCAUUGGCCACCAACUACAGCAUUGACCCUGGCGAUUGGCCCGGCUUGGCCAUUUGCGUUAACGAGGGGCUUGUCUUCACCUCCACGCCGCCGGGCACAAGCAUUCCGACAGGCGCCAAGCUCAUUGAAGCCAGGCAUUUGGCCCUGCAGUCCAAGAAAGACCUUGCAAAAAUUCCCACCUCGAAACGCAUUUGGAUGAGAGUGACGGACCCCUCCACUACUCGCCGCAAGCUUUCUGUUUCCAGCCGUGAUAGUCUUCAAUUUUGGCUUAAGUGGUGCGAGGUUCCACCCCUUUUCUUCCCCUUGCAGAAACCUGCGGACGUUCCCAUCGUCUGCGCCGCUGCCGACGCACGCGCAGAUGGGGAUCUCGUCGGGAUAGGGGGCUUUAUCGAAUGGCCUUCACGCCAGAUUUCGUGGUUCAGCCAGUCAUGGCGUGUGCCGGACCUUUCGUCAUUGGGUGUGCCUUUGCAGGUGCCAGCUCGCCAAGACAUCACAUGUUACGAGACAUUGGCACAGCUUGGCCUCAUUCUUUGUCUACGUUCCGUGGUGCCUUUGGCACGCUGGACCGUCCGUCUUCGCACGUUGUCCGACAACACAGGUGCAGAGGCAGGCAUCAAUAAGCUCUACAGCUCGGCCUUUCCUUUGUCAGUGUUUCUGAAACGCCUGUCAAUGUUGGCGUGCAUGACUGGCAUUGAGCUCGACGUUUUCCACAUACCCGGCGAAAAGAAUGACGAUGCAGAUCUGCUCUCCCGCUGGAGUGACGAAUCCCAGCCCUUGCCAGCCAAGUUCCUUCCGGACUUUCGUGUGGACUGCAGCCUGGCUCGCAUCUGGCACUUUCGUUCCGAUGUGCGCCUUUGGCCUCACGAUGCGAAGCUCAAAUGGCAGCCGCCAUAA